AUGGCGUCUCACAGGAGUCGGCUGUUUUGUUUACGGACCCUAUCGUUGAGCAUCUUCUUUUAUUACACGUAUUGCCAUUUUCAACUUGUUCUCGGAAAUGAUGUCGAUAGCUGUAAAAAUCUACGCUUGGGACAAUAUCCUUUUACAUUUGAUUGUUAGCAAAUCACGACAAUGAUGACAGGGUUUUUAUUCAAGCUUGCUAGCUAACGUUACCUGGCUAGCUCUAUCUGUGUUAACAUACUUUCGCUUGGCUAUCUAGCUAACAACAUAAGCAUGCAUAGUGUGUACUUUUGGAAAACAGUAUAGCUAGCUAAUCAGAUUGUGAAACAGUCUCGGUCUGAACAUUAACAUGCAUUGCUUCGUUACGGUUUUGGAAGCAAAAUGAUCUUAUUUUUCAUAUCAGCGAGAAAUCAUUAAACAAAUACAAAAGGUUACAUUGAUACACAUCUUUUAUAGGGUUAGGGUUAGUGUACUGUUCCCACAAGGCCAUAUCUCCAUGUUACAGGGAGAUUUAAAAAAUCCCCUCUAUAAUAAAGCAUUGCACGGAUCUAAUCGCAUUUGCGUAGUGGCAAACAGUUGAGCAAUGGUGGAAAAAGUACCAAAUUGUCAUACUUGAGUAAAAGUAAAUAUACCUUAAUAAAAAUGACUCAAGUAAAAGUGAGUCACCCAGUAAAAUACUACUUGAGUAAAAGUCUAAAAGUAUAUGGUUUUAAAAGUACAUUUAAUUGCAAAAAUGUACUUAAGUAUCAAAAGUACAAGUAUAAAUCAUUUCAAAUUGUUUAUAUUAAGCAAACCAAACGGUACAAUUUUCUUGUUUAAAAAAUAUAUAUUUACAGCUAGCCAGGGGCACACUACAACAUCAUUUACAAACUAAGCAUUUGUGUUUAGUGAGUCCUCCAGAUCAGAGGCAGUAGGGAUGACCAGGGAUGUUCUCUUGAUAAGUGCGUGAAUUUGACCAUUUUCCUGACCUGCUAAGCAUUCAAAAUGUAACGAGUAAUUUUGGGUGUCAGGGAAGAUGUAUGGAGUAAAAAGUACAUUAUUUUCUUUAGGAAUGUAGUGAAGUAAAAGUAGUCAAAAAUAUGAAUAGUAAAGUACAGAUACCCCAAAAAACUACUUAAGUAGUACUUUAAAGUAUUUUUACUUAUUGACUUUAUACCACUACAGUUGAGCAGACACGUUUUUAGGAUUUCCACACAGUUUUUUGUUGUUGUUGCAGGGUCUGGAUUUUAUUUGUUGCAUGUUAUAAAAACAAAUUUCGUGCAAAUCAAAUCAAAAGUUAUUUGUCACAUACACGUGUUUAGCAGAUGUUAUUGCGGGUGUAGCGAAAUGCUUGUGCUUCUAGCUCCGACAGUGCAGUAAUAUCGAAGAAGUAAUAUCUAACAAUUUAACAACAUAUACCCAAUACACACAAAUCUAAGUAAGGAAUGGAAUUUAAGAAUAUAUACAUAUAUGGACUAAGAUCCAGUAGAAUAUUAUAGAAUAGAAUACAGUAUAUACAUAUGAGAUGAGUAAUGCAAGAUAUGUAAACAUUAUUAAAGUGACUAGUGUUCCAUUUCUUAAAGUGGCCAGUGAUUUCAAUAGGCAGCAGCAGCCUCUAAUGUGCUAGUGAUGGCUAUUUAACAGUCUGAUGGCCUUGAGAUAGAAGCUGUUUUUCAUUCUCUCGGUCCCAGCUUUGAUGCACCUGUACUGACCUCACCUUCUGGAUGAUGGCGGGGUGAACAGGCAGUGGCUCGAGUGGUUGAUGUUCUUGAUUAUCUUUUGAUGAUCCGGUAAUGCGUUCGGCAGACCGCACCAUCAUCUUGAGAGCCCUGCGUCAGCGGGCGGUGCAGUUGCCGUACCAGGCAGUGAUACAGCCCGACAGGAUGCUCUCAAUUGUGCAUCUGUAAAAGUUUGUGAGGGUUUUAGGUGGCAAGACAAAUUUCUUCAGCCUCCAGAGGUUGAAGAGGCUCUGUUGCGCCUUCUUCACCACACUGUCUGCGUGGGUGGACCAUUUCAGUUUGUCAGUGAUGUGUACACCAAGGAACUUGAAGCUUUCCACCUUCUCCACUGCGGUCCCGUUGAUGUGGAUAGGGGGGUGCACCCUCUGCUGUUUCCUGAAGUCCACGAUCAUCUCCCUUGUUUUGUUGACGUUGAGUGAGAGGUUAUUUUCCUUGCACCACACUCCCAGAGCCCUCACCUCCUCACUGUAGGCUGUCUCGUCCUUGUUGGUAAUCAAGCCUACUACUGUUGUGUCGUCUGCAAACUUGAUGAUUGAGUUGGAGGCGUGCUUGGCCACACAGUCAUGGGUGAACAGGGAGUACAGGAGGGGGCUGAGCACACAUCCUUGUGGGGCCCCUGUGUUGAGGAUCAGCGAAGUGGAGAUGUUGUUUCCUACCUUCACCACCUGGAAGCGGCCCGUCAGGAAGUCCAGGAUCCAGUUGCAAAGGGCGGGGUUCAGACCCAGGGCCUCAAGCUUCAUGAUGAGCUUGGAGGGUACUAUGGUGUUGAAUGCUGAGCUAUAGUCAGUGAACAGCAUUCUUACAUAGGUAUUCCUCUUGUCCAGAUGGGAUAGGGCUGUGUGCAGUGUGAUGGCUAUUUCAUCGUCUGUGGAUCUAUAGGGGCGGUAAGCAAAUUGAAGUGGGUCUAGGGUGACAGGUAAGGUAGAGGUGAUAUGAUCCUUGACUAGUCUCUCAAAGCACUUCAUGAUGACAGAGGUGAGUGCUACGGGGCAAUAGUCAUUUAAUAAUAUAAUAAUAAUAAUAUGCCAUUUAGCAGACGCUUUUAUCCAAAGCGACUUACAGUCAUGCGUGCAUACAUUUAUUUUGUGUAUGGGUGGUCCCAGGGAUUGAACCCACUACCUUGGCGUUACAAGCGCCGUGCUCUACCAGCUGAGCUACAGAGGACCACAUUUAGUUCAGUUACCUUUGCUUUCUUGGGAACAGGAACAAUGGUGGCCAUCUUGAAGCAUGUGGGGACAGCAGACUGGGAUAGGGAGAGAUUGAAUAUGUCCAUAAACACACCAGCCAGCUGGUCUAUCAUUUACAUGCAGAACGUGUUUUCUAUACCACACAAAUUGCCAAAUUCAGGCUACUGUGCAACUUGCUAUUCAGGUAGGAUACAAUUUUGGAACUUUAUUAAUUUGUUUAUAUUUAUCAUUGUUAUUAAUGUAGGCCUGUUUAUUAAUCUAAACCAGUUCUUUAAAUAUGCAAAAGGUGUUUUGUUUCAUUCUGUUGAGACAUUUUCGUUGGCUAAGUUAAGUUCGAUCAGUCUUUAAUUGUGUGCUCCUUAUUUAGUUUAAAAUAGGUUAGGCCUGUAAGUAGGCCUUAUGUAAAAUAAAUAUCAUUAGCCUAUUGCUGUCAUUUGUUGGGUAUGGUAGGCACUAGUCUUUCUUGGUAAUUGCUGAAACAUAGCCUGUUCAAAACUUUUUUGAAGGUUUACACCAGCAAGUGUUUUGCUUAAUUAUUUUGAGCCAUUUUCUUUGGCCAAAUUAAGUUCCAACUGUAAUGUUGUUUGCCGCGAUAUAAUAUCCUGCUUGUAUUUUCCCUAUAAACAAUGGCUUGACUUACUUUUGAUAUGACCCUAAUAAAGUUUAGAAACUUUUGUUAAGGUUUGGUGUGGUGUGGCUAUUAGCCUAGUGUACUGCAGGCCUAUGAUAUGAAGGCAGUGCGCACCGGUGCUCCAACUGCCUCCGACAGUUGAACUUGAGGGGAGGAAGAAUGUUUUAGGCCUACCAGAGAUCCUCCUAUAAUCUAACAAUAAAAAGCUUAUCUUUAUAAAAAAUUAUUAUAUGAUCGAAAAAUAACGAAUUAGCCUCCUUCUGUACGCCUGUGUCUGUAUAGCAGACGCAGUAUUUUUAUUUAUUUAACCCUUUUUUUUACCAGGUAAGUUAACUGAUUAAUGUAAAUCUUCCCAGUCACUAUAUAUAGUAUAGGCAACAAAAUAAACUUUCCCAAUGAUGAAGAUGAAGCAUAGGCUACUCACCGGUGAUAGCCGAUGCGCUUGUGCCAAUAUCUCAAGAAAAGUUACUUUGAAAAACAGUGCUUUUCACUCAGAAUCUCUCAAAAGUUGUAGACAUUUGCUUUCCAAACGGUAGGCCUACGUUUUUCUCGCUAUUGUAUUUUGAAAUUAGUGAAAGGCAAACUGACAGCCGCAACCAACCAUAGAAAUAUAAUCCAUAUAUGGAAGUUCCCAUUCAAAUCAGGACUGGCAGCCAUUGCUAGUGUACCCAUGAGUUUAACAGUCAAAGUGCCAGGGUUAGAGGUUCCAAAUUCCUUCUAUGGAUUAUAUAUCUAUGGCCACAACACAACAAGCUGUUCUAUAUUUGCCACGCAUACUGCCCAAAUUGCGGCCUUCCCGACUAACUGCUUAUGAUAAAACUUAAUCCACAGCUAGUUUUUAGGAUUUAUUGAUCUCUGUAGCUAAAUUAUGCUCUCUAGUGUAGUAGCCUAUUUUGAAUUAUUUUAUUUAUGUCUGUUCAGACAGGAGUAAUAUAAUUUUUGGAUAAAGUAUUUUUUAUAAAUUUCAAUUUAUGUGAUAUGAAAGUAAAGGCUUAUGUUUCUAGAAUCAUAUCGCAAUUGAGAAUCGAUUCACGUUUAGAUGGAGUAUUUGGCUGUUUUGGCUGCCAGAGCCAGUCUAUCUCUGAAAAUAACGUAAGGUCCUUGGACCUUAAGGAGUAACGGUAGGCUCCUUAAGAGUACAUCCUGGGCUAAAAGCUAGCUAGAUAACUAGUUACCUCUAUACAUUAUUGUAUUGUAAUGUAGUGUUCCUCAGAAUGCUGAUGAUAAUGAUUGACUUAAUGGAUGCAGCAUAUCAACAUCACAACACAAGCACAACUUGUUUGAUAUUAUGUUGUAUUAUUUUAUAUGCUGUGAGUGAUCAUUCAUUUUUGGUCAUUUCCUUAAUGCUGUUCAAGUAUCUUUGCAAAGAACCAAGGAUAGAUGAUGCCACUCAAGAACCUGCGAACUGCAAGGACAUGAUAGCUUGGGGUGAGUAGUUAUGCAUUUCAAUGUACAGUUGAAGUCGGAAGUUUACAUACACAUUAGCCAAAUACAUUUAAACUCAGUUUUUCACAUUUCCUGACAUUUAAUCCUAGUAACAAUUCCCUGUCUUAGGUCAGUUAGGAUCACCACUUUAUUUUAAGAAUGUGAAAUGUCAGAAUAAUAGUAGAGAGAAUGAUUUAUUUCAGCUUUAUUUAUUUUAGCACAUUCCCAGUGGGUCAGAAGUUUACAUACACUCAAUUAGUAUUUGGUAGCAUUGCCUUUAAAUUGUUUAACUUGGGUCAAACAUUUCGGGUAGCCGUCCACAAGCUUCCCACAAUAAGUUGGGUGAAUUUUGGCCCAUUCCUCCUGACAGAGCUGGUGUAACUGAGUCAGGUUUGUAGGCCUCCUUGCUCGCACACGCUUUUUCAGUUCUGCCCACACAUUUUCUAUAGGAUUGAGGUCAGGGCUUUAAAAGCCAAUACCUUGACUUUGUUGUCCUUAAGCCAUUUUGCCAUAACUUUGGAAGUAUGCUUGGGGUCAUUGUCCAUUUGGAAGACUCAUUUGUGACCAAGCUUUAACUUCCUGACUGAUGUCUUGAGAUGUUGCUUCAAUAUAUCCACAUAAUUUUCCUUCCUCAUGAUGCCAUUUAUUUUGUGAAGUGCACCAGUCCCUCCUGCAGCAUAGCACCCCCACAGCAUGAUGCUGCCACCCCCGUGCUUCACGGUUGGGAUGGUGUUCUUCGGCUUGCAAGCGUCCCCCUUUUUCCUCCAAACAUAACGAUGGUCAUUAUGGCCAAACAGUUCUAUUUUUGUUUCAUCUGACCAGAGGACAUUUCUCCAAAAAGUACGAUCUUUGUCCCCAUGUGCAGUUGCAAACCGUAGUCUGGCUUUUUUAUGGCGAUUUUGGAGCAGUGGCUUCUUCCUUGCUGAGCGGCCUUUCAGGUUAUGUCGAUAUAGGACUCGUUUUACUGUGGAUAUAGAUACUUUUGUACCUGUUUCCUCCAGCAUCUUCACAAGGUCCUUUGCUGUUGUUCUGGGAUUGAUUUGCACUUUUCGCACCAAAGUACGUUCAUCUCUAGGAGACAGAACGCGUCUCCUUCCUGAGCGGUAUGACGGCUGCUUGGUCCCAUGGUGUUUAUACUUGCGUAUUAUUGUUUGUACAGAUGAACGUGGUACCUUCAGGCGUUUGGAAAUUGCUUGUGGAGGUCUACCAUUUUUUUCUGAGGUCUUGGCUGAUUUCUUUAGAUUUUCCCAUGAUGUCGAGCAAAGAAGCACUGAGUUUGAAGGUAGGCCUUGAAAUACAUCCACAGGUACACCUCCAAUUGACUCAAAUGAUGUCAAUUAGCCUAUCAGAAGCUUCUAAAGCCAUGACAUCAUUUUCUGGAAUUUUCCAAGCUGUUUAGAGGCACAGUCAACUUAGUGUAUGUAAACUUCUGACCCACUGGAAUUGUGAUACAGUGAAUUAUAAGUGAAAUAAUCUGUCUGUAAAUAAUUGUUGGAAAAAUUAUUUGUGUCAUGCACAAAGUAGAUGUCCUAACCAACUUGCCAAAACUAUAGUUUGUUAACAAGAAAUUUGUGGAGUGGUUGAAAAACAAGUUUUAAUGACUCCAACCCAAGUGUAUGUAAACUUCCGACUUCAACUGUAUGUGGUAUUUUGUGGGUAACAUGAAUUGCUUAGGGCUACCCAAGGUCCUACCUAUAAAAUCAGAGAUUAAAUAUUGUUUUUAAAACUAAAUAGUUAUGGUUGCCGAUUAGGACACAUAAUUUGUAAUAUGUCCUUCAUUUUCAAAAUGCAUACUGAAAUACAUAGGCUAUAUUUUUCAAAUAUAUACAAAAUAUAUAUAUAUAAUGUAUGACGGCUAUGAAUCUGUGUCUGUAUGUAAGUACUCAAACUCACAAUCAAUCUACACAAGUUUUUCCUGUGUGCAUAUGUGUUUUGUGUUGAUUAAGCCUAGCCUAAAGCAUCUAGGACUAUCUGUUGUGUUUUUUUAGUGGAAUGCCUACCUGCUCCGAAUGUCAGCUGCCGCUUGUCAAAUGGGACAGAGUUUCGAUUCAGCGGAGAGGAAGUGGGCUUCAACCAAAGCAUCCCCUGCAGGAAUGUGUAUGUAUCUAUAGUACCAGACAUUCAGCACUGUGGAAAUGUUGCAUAUUCAUAAGGGCACAACGUAGCAAAACGUUUUGCAACGGAAAACUGAAACAAACGUUUCUUAUUGGACAUGGUCGGGUUUAUUCAUUAGUGCACACCAUAGCAAAAAGUUUCUAUUGGGCAAAGUCAGGUAGGUCCCUCCCCGUUUUGUUUGCUUCCAUUUGGUUCCUAGUGAAUAAACCCCAGAUAGUACCUUCCCGUUUCAUGCCUAGUGAAUAUGACCCUGAAUGUUUUUUUAUUGAUAUUGACAAGCCUGAAUAAUACCCCAUCAUAUGUGAUGUCUACACAUGUAAAGCAUUAGUGAACUGCUUCAAACUAAAAUGGGAUUUCUUUGCAGGAGCGGUUACUCCUACAAAAUAGCAGUGGCCCUGUCCCUCUUCCUGGGGUGGUUAGGAGCUGAUCGCUUCUACCUGGGAUACCCAGCUUUAGGUAGGCCUACAGUCCUAAAACUCAACUCUGUACCUCGAAGACAGUUCCACUGCGUUUUUUCAUUGUUCCUCUCUAAUCAGGGACUGAUUUAGACCUGGGACAUCAGGUGGGUGCUAUUAAUUAUCAGGUAGAACAGAAAACAGCAGGCUCCGGACCUCGUAGGGUAAGAGUUGAAUACCCCUGAUUACAUUAUGACCUUUGACUCUUAUCAUUGCUGUAGAGUUCUCCAAAAGCAGAGUUCUCCAAACCUGUUCCUGGAGAGCUACCCUCCUGUAGGUUUUCAUUCCAACCCCAGUUAUAACUAACCUGAUUCAGCUUAUCAACCAGGUAAUGACUAGAAUCAGGUGUGCUAGAUUAGGGUUGAAGUGAAAACCUACAGGACGGUAGCUCUCCAGGAACAGGGUUGGAGAGCCCUGCUGUAAAGUUCAGGACUAGUAUUAGUGUGCUAUGUAUAUAUUAUAUUUUCUAUUUAAGUAUUUGCAAGGCUUUUUUGCUGUAAAAAUAAAAUAUAAGAAUCUCCAGAGUUAAACAUUUUAGGUUUUUAUUGUUUUUUUCAUACUAGCAUGGGGUACGUAGGCAUCGCAGAGCCACACUGCGGGCGGGCAUGAGGCUGCUCUGAGCAGCGCCUGGGUUGGCACAGUUGGCGUGGGCAUCGCCAUGGAACAGUGGCGUAUUAAGCUGGCAAGACAGUUGUGGCUUUGUAGAGCAGACACCUGAUGGCCAUCGUUUAAAAAAUCAACAAAGCUACCUACAUAACCCCCCAAUAGAGCAAUUUACAAUGUUGUUAAUUAUGAUUUGGAGUAAUUAUGUUUUAAUCACAAGAGUUGGCGUUUCCAUAAUUUGCCUGCAAUUUAAGAUUCUCAUCGUUUAGCUGUGUUCGUGUGGAAGAUGUGGGGCUAGUGAGCACCAGUAGCCUUUGCCCAGUGAUGUCACCCGCCCUAAGAUAUGGAUAGUGUAGUGAUUUUACUAUGUUGUAGGCUGGUGACAUUUGAAUGUUGAAAGGAUAAUGUGUCUAGUUGAAUAACUGCCUUGCUCUGUGUUUUCAUACAUCCAAUUCAUACUCUCACUGCACAGUUGAAGCACAACCUGCAGCUGCACACAUUCAUACUCCACUUCACUGCCCCUCUCAACGAUAAACACCUGUUGUUCCCAAUCCUCAGUUGUUUUGGAAACAAAGUUGACUUGGCACCAUUUCUCUCUGAAAGCAAAGCAGGCAGCACAGAAACAUACACGCGUGCACACACACAAACCAACACCCUCUCCCCUCAGACACCUAUUCGCCCAGCACUGAAAGCGUUCGGAAUCGUUCACCUUCGCCUCGCAAGUUAAUUUCCCAUUCAGCAACACAUGGGCAAAGUUGGAACGGAACACGGGGAUAAACUGAAACCUUGCCCAGUCGCCUGGAUGGGAGAGUUUUCAUGUAAACAAUGAAGCGUUGCUCACACAAUAGGUAGCAAAUUAUGAUUAGGGGCCAGGCAGGAUUUUAUUUAUGCCUACUUUAAAGAGACAUGGUGCCCCUUUAAGCUUCAUCCCCCAUUGACUCUGUCUCUCUUUCGUUCUCUCUCUCUCUCUCGUUCUCUCUUUCUCUAGGGCUGCUCAAGUUCUGCACUGUGGGCUUCUGUGGGAUCGGGAGCUUGGUGGAUUUCAUGUUGAUCUCAAUGCAGGUGAUUGGCAUUCAGGAAACAGCUGUGGAACACAGAGCUGCUAAGUAAUCCCUCCAUUAUCUGUUGGUUAUGUCUGUGAAAAUCCAUGGUCUUCUCACAGUAACAUUGAAAGUAAUGGUUUAUGCCUCCAAUGUGGUGAUGACAAGGGUGGGUUAGGUCAGUGAUCCCUAAUUGCUUUUGUGUCACAGCUGACGACUACAUUGGUUGGUCACGAGAAACAUUAAAAGGCUAGUUUGGUCACACUGCAAAGAUAAGUUAGGAAACUACUGUGAUGUUAUCAGAAUGAUAAUUGUAUGAUUUCAAAACAAUAUGAGCACAACCCCAUGAAUAAACAGUAGCUCUCUUCAUCAGUAAAGGCUUGCGCACGUCGCACCGAAUUUGGAUCUAGCGUUUGUCUGCCGACCAUUCAGCGCGCUGGUGUGUCUGAACCCUAACAGUGAUGGUAAUCAACAGAGUGGAGCAAAGUUUGUCUUUACAGAACAGCCUGGGCUUUCCUCCAAUGGUCACGCACCACACACACUAAUCAGAGCAGGCCAUGUAACACUGAACAGAAGCAUAGCCAAGGGAGUCAGGAAGACGCUGUGUGUGUGUGUGUGUAUGUGGGACUCUGUCUGUGUGUGUCUGCCGGUUUGUUUGUGUGUGUUCGCCUGUUUUGUGUGUGUGCCUGUUUGUAUUCAGAAGGGCACCUGUGUCUAUAUGGUCCUCUGCUCAGCCCUAACCUCUCUAUGAAUGGGGGUUAAUGAGACUGUGGUGUGUUUUCGCAGAGGGGCUUCUCUACCCCCAUCCCCCCUCCUCCUCGGUCCCCCAGGACCCCCAAUUAAGGCCCCCAAGCCUGACAAAGAGAGGCCAGUCCAUUUGUCAUCCUGUUAGGGCCUCAGCUCACUCCUCUUUACCUUCUCCGUCCCCAUUAGGGAACCAGUGUGUGCAGGAUGCCACACAUGGGGUUGUGUUCACUAGGAACCAAAUGGAAGCAUGUGGGCCGAAACGGGGAGGGACUACUUAAAGAAAACAUUGUUUUCACUUUCUAUUGCAAACUGUUUUGCUACGGGAUACACUUAGGGUUCUGAAGACCAUGUGCCACGUCUACAGAGCAAUCCUUUAGCUUUAACUCUUUGUCAACAUGGCCAGAUGUUGAAUGAAAAGUACACUUAUUUGUUUGGCUUGUUAAUUAUAGUUUCCCAUGUUGAAUGUAAACCUUAUCCUUAAAAAUAUGUUUUUAUCGUGUAGAAUAGUGGUGGUGUGUAAUUCUAGAACUGUGCAUCAUGUAUGCGAUUUCCAGAAUUUUACCAAAACAGUUCCCUGUAUCACAUCUGAGACAAAAACACAAACCAUGAUACACAACCUUUUCUCUCUCUAUUUACCUCUUUUCCUCUUCCUCCCCAGUUCUACUCUACAUCCUACUGUGGAUGCAGGCCUUUAUAAAGUCGGUAUUUCGUUAGAAAACGGCAGUGGCAUGUGUUCGGCCACUUUGAUUAAGCAAGGCGACGGGCGCACUGUUUAUUGUUCUCCUAAUGUCUUAUUGAAGGCCCUAAGAGAGCAAUGCUUUAAGCGGCUUCGGCUGCUGUGCAUGGCGCAACACUUACAUUCUCAAUUAGCUGUAUACGCUGCGUCCGGGUUCUCUCGCUCUCCGCCUUUUUAAAGAGUGACAAUUUUGAUAAAGAGUUCCGCGUCCCUGGAGAGCCCAUUUAGAAGUCACGCUAAAGCCCCAUAUUUUAAAGGCUAACUAUCUCGACUAAAGCAACGUCGGAGCAGGCAAAUGCAUCUUUGAGAACUAAUGAGUAAACACCUGGGACAUGUGAUUAUUUAUAUUCAUUGAUUCUGUCUGGGUGGGACUGGGGGAGAGGAGGAGGCUGUACGGUAUUGGUUUGGGGCCUCUCUCUCUCUCUCCUGAAAGACAGAGGUCCACGCCAGAUGAAUUAUGUCUGGUAACUUUCCAAUUUACUCUCAAACUAGGUAGAGCAGAGAUGGACACAGGUGAUCGAUAGAAGGGACGUGGAUGGCGGGAGCAGUGUGUUUUUAAAUGGGUAACAGGCUGGGAUUCAAGCAAUUGAAGAUUGUGGAUUUCAAUAUAGAGCCUUCUGAGAUGUGUUAGGUUUGUACAGCAGAGCGCCUUGGAUUGAGGGAGUUGACACUUGACAUGGAAAUUGUCAGUCUGGUUGUGGGUGCUGUCUGAACUGAAUCGGUCAUGCCACUGGCCCUCCUAUUUCUAAAUCUGGCAGUCUGAUUCAACACUUCCGAAAGCCAAAGUUCCUUCAAGGCUGGAAUGUCAAUGUUGAUCCACUUGGAUGACAACACACUCUAGUCACAAACUCAUUAUCAGAGGGUUAACCAGUAGCCCAGCUGUAGCUGGACUCAACUUCUGUGCCCUUUACACACUCAGUUAUAUAUGUGUGUGUGUGUGUACCUGUGUAAGUUCACUGGUCCCACUCAGCUGCGAUUGUUGAGUACCAAACCCAGGUUUUCACCGUAUGUACCCUGAUGUCUUUCCUCUGUUCCUUCCUUUAGAUUGUGGGUCCAUCGGAUAAGUCUGACUACAUAGUGGAUUACUACGGUGCCAGACUCACACGCCUCUCCAUUACCAACGACACCUAUAGAAGAACCCAGAUCUCACCCUGA